AUGCACGGCAACUACCUCCGCCUCUUAUUGGGAUCGAUUCUCAUCUGUCAAGUCAUUGCGAAAUGGUACAAGUACGACACGGGUGAUCAUAGAAUCCCUCGACGACACCGCGGGGUCGAUCUGCGGGGCCGACACGAUGCUUCAGGCGUACUUGGGGGCGACUUCAGCUCCGAUAUCGAAACGGCGAACCAAACGAUUCAAAUCGAUAAACGCCCUCAGACUACCGACGCGGAAGGAGGAAAUGAGGAUCUACAAGUCAGUGAUCAAAGGGGAAAUGGCCCCUCGCUCGACGAAUCGGACAAGGCCUCGAACGGUCGAAUCAUCAUCAGUCGCCCCCCUCGCUAUGUCAACCCCGCGGUCCGCGAGAAGUACCUCAAGAUCGAUAUGCGCUCGAAGGGGUUUACUCUGGACGAAGAGCCUUUCCGUGUGGUUGGAAUCAGUGUGUUGGCGGUGUCUGAUCGGCAAGGGUGCCAAGGUGCCAAAGAGGGAUGCGAAACUGACCAUCUUACUAUUGUGAUUGGGGCAGAUAUUUACUGUAAGUUGAUCCGGUUAGAAACAAAUGUACGAGGAGUAUAUUGCACGGGAAAGGUCCGCCUCAAGCUCGUUUCGCCCUUUCGUGAUGGUUGGCGAGUUCCAUCCGGGGGGCCCCGAGCGGCGCACUGCGGGCUCGGUGCUUCGGAGGCCAUCGCUUCUCGUACUUUCGACUGAUGAGUCCACUGUACGCAGGGCUUUGUAAUGACGAGAAUGUUCUCGGCGUGAAACCCGGAACGCCCACGCAGAAGCGGCGUAUCCGCGAAGCACUCGCAGCGGCGGUCGCCAUGGGGGCCAACACGGUCCGCGUCGGAUCCUGCGGGAUCUCACUCGGGUAUGCGGACGCCCUUCAACCUGAUCAACACAAUCGAGCGACCCCUGGAAGCGCCGCGAUGGACGUUCACGACUACGCAAUUUAUGCGGCUGGUAGAUACGGGCGUGAGUGCAAGUAUGAGGCGCCUGUUCGCCUCGCUCAAGGAGCUCACUACAUCGUGUCGUGACUACCAACCACCUCGAUCGGGCAGUCAAGAUUAUUCUUCCGCUGAUGGACAAUUACGAUUACUACCAUGGUGGGAAGUAUACGGUCCUGAAAUGGCUCGGCAUCUCGGCCGAGAACAACGGCGCCAACUUCUUCACGGACCCUAGGGCGAUCGCGUUUUUCAAGUCCUACAUCGAGUUCGGUCAGUUCGCUGUCUCACGAGAGAAAUACCAGCCUGGUAUAUUGUAUCGUUGAACCGGUGUAGAGUCAAACCGGUGUAUUGUACAGUCCUCAACAGAAAAAAUCCCUACACUAAGCGCACGUAUGGAAAGGACCCCGUCGUCUCCAUCAUCGAGGACGGGAACGAGUUUGGAGCCUAUAAGGGGUCAGAAGGCUACCCACCGCUUGCGUUCACGGACGAGAUUGCUGCGCAAGUCAAAAAGUUUGCACCGCAGGCCCUCUUCAUGGACGGAACGGAUGGCUUCUUCAAGUAAGUUCCUGUUUUUUAUUCAAGGAUGCAAGCCAGACAUCAGGGGCUGACAAACCUAUCGCGCGAUGUGUAGUCUCACCGGUGGGUUCUCAACCCGACUCCCGCACAUGAAAGGAGUAGACCAGUAAUGUCCGGUGAAACAGCUCAUUUACAGGCACCAGGACUACGUUCUAAAGCGGUGGACAUCGUCACGGACCACCCUUACCCUCGAGACAUCCCCCUGUUACACAUGCAGGCAUUUCUUGCUCGGAUCAGCGGUAAGGCCUUCAUCCUCGGCGAAAUGGACUGGGUACCUAGUGCUCCAUCUGGGAACCCGCAUCCACGCCUAGUCGAACCGAGCUUGUCGGCCUAUCUUGACGUGCUUGACCGCUACCCCAACAGUAAGCUUCCUUUACGGCGAGUGAUGACCCGUCCCGUCACGGAUUCUGACCUGCAUCAAUCUCGCAGUCGGAGUGUUGGCGUGGAGCCUGUUCGUCCAUACCGACGACUGCCGUGACUGGGUUCGACACCACGAUGGAUACGAGAUGUAUUACCCUCUACCCCAAGACACCGUGGAGAAGCAAGCCAACGUCUUGACGCUCGUUCAGUGGUUCUACGCCCGGACCGGCCGUGAGGUUCCGUCUCUACUACCCUACCAAACGUGUCCCCAAGAAGAGUUCUAG